AUGGUGACAAAGUUCUACCAAACUAUCCUGGCCUUGGUGUUUGCGAUUCAAGAGAUCAAUGCAAAUCCCCACCUUCUGCCCAAUGCUACACUCGGUUUCCACAUUUAUGACAACUACCAUAGUGCCAAGAUGACAUACCACGACAUCAUGGAUUUGCUCUUCAGAUCACAUCAAUCUGUCCCUAAUUACAGAUGUGACAGAAAGAAAAACCUCAUAGCCAUCAUUGGUGGAGUGGAUGGAGAUAGCUCUUUCCAUAUGGCCGACAUCUUAGGCCUCUACAAAAUUCCACAGCUCACAUAUGGCUCAUUUGCCCUGGAGAGGGAUGCCACGGAAUUCCCUCAGUUUUACCUCAUGGCCCCAAAUGAAGCCCAUCAAUUUCCAGCGAUCAUCCAGUUGCUCCUCUAUUUCCAAUGGACGUGGAUUGGUCUUCUUAUUGUGGAUGAUGACAGUGGGGAAAACUUUUUGAAGACCCUAGAGCCACUGCUUCUGAGGAAUGGAAUCUGUUUGGCAGCCACAGGAAGAAUCCAAAAACAACCCAGAUGGGAUACCUUACAAGAUCUUUAUGGCUUAAUAUUAAAAGUAUAUUCACCAUUAACAGACAGCAAAGCCAAUAUAGCUUUAUUCUAUGGACAAUCAGUGACUGUGCACAUAAUGAACUUUUUGGUAUAUUUAGGACGUUAUACGUUUAAUACAAAUGUGUUAAUGGGAAGAAUGUGGAUUAUGACAGGCCAGGAUGAUAUCACAUCAUCAGGUUUAACAAGGGGCUUUUGUUGUGACUUGUUCCAAGGAGCUCUUUCUUUCACAAUUCAUUCUCGUGAGGUUCCUGGGUUCCAGAAAUUUCUUCACAACACCAAACCUAAUUGGAAAGAGGGAAAUGGGUUUCUCGAGGAUUUCUGGGUACAAGCAUUCAAUUGUUCAUUUCAAAAUUCCCAGGAACCAAUGAAGGACAGUGAGACAUGUACUGGGGAGGAGAGGCUGGAGACCAUCCCUGGGCCACUUUUCGAAAUGGACAUGACCGGCCACAGCUACAGCAUCUAUAAUGCAGUCUAUGCUGUGGCUCAUGUGUUGAAUGCCAUAUCCACAUCUGGUUUCUAUGUCAGAGAAAUUUUGAGGGGGAAAAGGAUUGAUCCUCAAGAUCUCCAGCCUUGGCAGCUCCACCACUUUUUCCACAACCUUUCAUUUAACAACUCAGCUGGAGAAAGAGUCUCUUUUGGGAAGAAAAAGGAGCUGGGAGCUGGUAUUGACAUAACACACUUGAUUAUUUCCCCAAACAACUCCAUCCGAAGAGUGAAAGUUGGAAGGGUGGAUCCUGAUGCUGUUGAAGAAAAACAAUUUAUCAUUCAUGAAGAUCUGAUUGACUGGAGAGGUUUUAACCAGGUAUUGCCCAUAUCAAUCUGCAAUGAUCACUGCUACCCUGGUUUUCACAAGAAAGUGAAGGAAGGAGAGUCUUGUUGCUAUGAUUGUGCUCCCUGUCCGGAAGGAAAAUUUUCAGACAGGAAAGAUAUGGUUGACUGUAUCAGAUGCCCUGAUGAUCAGUUUCCAAACAAGCACCAAGAUCAAUGCAUUGAGAAAAGCGUCACCUUCCUAUCUUUUGAAGAACCUUUAGGGAUCACUUCAGCAGUUCUAGCUGUUUCCUUAUCCCUGAUUGCUGCUUUAACGCUGGAGAUUUUUGUGAAGCAAAGAGACACCCACAUAGUCAAAGCCCACAACCGGAGUAUCACCUAUACGCUCCUUGUCUCUCUUUUAAUCUGCUUCCUCUGUCCUUUGCUAUUUCUGGGAGAACCAAGGAAGGUGACCUGCCUUUUCCGACAAGCUGCUUUCACCAUUGUCUUCACAAUGGCUAUUUCUUCUGUCUUGGCCAAAACUAUCACUGUGGUUGGAGCAUUCAUGGCCACCCAACCAGGGUCUAGCCUGAGAAAAUGGUUGAGGAAGAGACUGACCAAUGGCAUCCUUCUGAUUUGUUCUUUCAUUCAAAUCACCAUAUGUAUGGUGUGGCUCGGAAUCUCACCCCCUUUCCCAGAUGUUGACAGACAGACACUGACACGAGAGAUUGUGGCAGAAUGUAACGAAGGGUCUGUUGUGAUGUUUUCUAUUGCUCUGGGCUACUUGGGACUUCUGUCUGUCCUGAGCUUGAUCGUGGCUUUUCUAGCCAGGAAGUUGCCAGAUAGUUUCAACGAAGCCAAGUUCAUCACCUUCAGCAUGCUGAUCUUUUGCAGUGUUUGGGUAUCUUUUGUUCCAACUUACUUGAGCACCAAAGGGAAAUACAUGGUAGCCGUGGAGAUCUUCUCUAUCUUGGCUUCAGGGGCUGGGUUACUGGGCUGCAUUUUUUUGCCCAAAUGCUACAUCAUUCUUCUAAAGCCUGACUUGAAUAAGAAGGAGCUGCUAAUUAGUAGAAGAAACUAA